AUGAAACGGCUUUUACCGCUUGAAGAAAUCUUCACGGAACAAUGUCCGGCAUCCACUUCCGGCGACCUCAACCUGAAAGCUCCACUUCUACCACUUCACGACCCAACCCAACAAACACGAACCUCUUCUCCCUUCAGCCCCAAGUCCAUUCUCACCCUCAACAACUUCUAUGUCAUCCUAGGACCCUUCUUCUCCCUAAUCAUAUACCUCUUCGUCAAACUCGAUGCUCCCGCCAGCAGCCGCAACAUGCUUGCUGUGAUUGCCUGGGUUUUCUCCUGGUGGGUCACCGCCGCCGUGCCUCUUGCGGUCACCUCCAUGUGUCCCCUCUUUCUCUUCCCUCUCUUUGGGAUAGCUUCCGCCGACAGCGUCGCUCACUCUUACAUGGACGACGUCAUCACCCUCGUCCUGGGAAGUUUCAUUCUCGCCCUCGCUGUUGAACGGUACAACGUGCACAGAAGAUUAGCCUUGAAAGUCAGUACUCUAUUCUCCAUAGUCACUCUGUUCCAUUGCAUUCUAUUAUCAUUAUUCCUUGUGUAG